GAUCAGCUGUGCAUCGGCCAAUUUUAAUUCGUAAAAUAAAACGCAUUUUAAACAAUUUACUGCAUUUCCUGCGCCUCUUUUAAUACAAAUGACUUGUUUUCUGUGCACGCAGCGUUCGGAAAACGCAGAUGGCAACAUAGAGUUCGCAUCGGAGGAAGCUAAAACUCUAGGUCUGCAAUGCAUCAUAGAGUUGCACUUUUGGCUAAGGAUUCAUGACUCGGGCAGCCGGUAUGUGUGCGGCGCCUGCUGGGAGCAGCUGCUGCUCUUCCACAACUUCUACUUGAGCGUGAAGCAGGCCCAUAAGGCGCUGGAGCAAACUGCUGCGGAGGAGACAUCUCCGCCAGAAUUGAAUUCCCCUGGACAAAUCGUAAAGAGCGAAAGAGUGGAGAGUGUAGCCGCUGCCGUGAAGCGUCGACGUGGUCGUCCCAGAAAAACCGAGGCCGCUGCUAAGAAUGCCAGCGAGGAAUUAAAGUCUGUGCUGGAGCAGAUAAACCUGAACGAGAUCAAAAUCGAGUUCCCGGAGGCCGAUCUUACCAUUGCCGAUGUGCUGGAGGAUCAAGAGACUCCAGAUGACUUCGUAAGCGGGGACGGAGAGGAAGAUGAUCCAGAGGAUUUGGAGGAGCUCCAGCCAAAGAUUAAGCGAAACGGUCGCGGGCGGACAAGGGGACGUGGUCGGGUGCGAAUGGCGGAACGACCCCGGGCAUCCGGUCUACCUAAUAUUCAGAAGUCACAGGAGUUCAACAACUAUAUCCAGGAGCAUUACAAGGUCCUUUGCCACAUCUGCAACUUGCCCAUGGAGGGCUUUUCCCAGAUGCUGGUGCAUGUGCGGCGGGAACACAAGCAACGCGGCUACGCGAUGUGCUGCAACCGCAAGUUCUGGAAGCGGGGCGUCCUUGUGGACCACCUGCGCCGCCACCAGGAACCCGAGCUAUUCAAGUGUUCCAUCUGCGCACGCGUCAUGGGCCACCGACGAAGUUUGGAGCUGCACAUGCGCAUGCACGAGAUCAAGACGCGCGGACGGCUCUACCAAUGCGACCACUGCCCCAAGAGCUUCUACAGCUCCGUAGUUUGCGAGCGCCACAAGCUGACGCACAUUCCGCGGGAGCAGUGGCAGGUGAAGUGCACUAACUGCGAGAAGACCUUCACCACCCAGUACUCAAUGCAGCAGCAUGUGAAGCUGGUCCAUUUAAACUUAUAUGCCAAGAUCUGUGAUGUCUGUGGAAAGUCCAUCCGAGGACGCGAAGCCUUGGCCCGCCACAUGGAGGAGCACACGGGCACGCCGCAGGCAGCCAUCAAGUGCCACCUCUGUGACUCCAUGCUGACGACAAAGUACGGAUUAGCCCGCCACAUCAAAAUGAUGCACACUGCCGAGAACCUACAGCCCAUGCAGUGCGAGCUCUGCCUUAAAAUCUCGCCCAGCCUGCAGGCGCAUCAGCACCACAUCAAGUACACCCACAACACAGCUCGAAGUCAUCAGUGUCCGAUGUGUGAAAAGGCCUUCAAGCGGCCCAACGAGCUGAAGGAACACAUGACCACCCACACGGGAGAGGUGCUGUAUACAUGCCCCCACUGCCCGCAGACCUUUAAUUCGAAUGCCAACAUGCAUGCCCACCGCAAGAAGGUGCACCGCAAGGAGUGGGAGGAGAACCGCCACCAGCGAAUACAUCGACCACGCAAAUCCGACACCAUCAUAGCCGUGAGCGUACGCAAGACCACGGAGGCCAGGCAGGAUGGUGGAGGGACAGGAGCUACAGAUAGCCCUGGAGCAGAGUGCUAGCCCUAGAUGACCCUUUGACAAUAAAAUCCAAAUGAGACACUGUA